AUGAGUCUGAGGGCUUCGUUCGAGAAACACAGGCUUCUCGUGGGCCUCCAGCGACGGGAAGAACUAUUGGCAUGGUGUAGGCAGUCGCUUCAUGGCACUGCUGGUGCUAUUUGGCUGAAGAAUUCUUUGCUUCCUCUUGCGCAACCGAGAUCGGUCACACUGCCAAACAGAAAGAGAAGAAGUCAUACGAUACUCCAGCGAGCGAGCGAUUCGAUACUAAACGUGAUAUUUUCCCGAGAUUUUUCGAAGUCCCAGGCUGAGUACUUUCACGAUAACUUUGCUGUUCUGAAUGAGAAGUCGGGUGUUGGUUCGGAGAAUGCUGGCACGAUAGACGAUGGGGUUUCUUUUGGUCUAUCAGAGAUAGUUGGAGACGAUGAUGCUAAUUUUAAUGUUGUGGAUGAUAAUAAAGAAAGCUCACACCCAGCUGAAAGAAGCACGGCUCAACCAAUGUCAGUUGAGUCCUUACAAGAGAAUGAAUAUUUGACUGGACUAUUGUUGAUCGAUGAAGGUGAGAGAAUAGCUCAGGAACUUGCCUGUUCGAAAUCAGAGUCUACAAAAGUUUCUGUACUCAAGGACCUAGCCUUAUACAUUAGUUCACGCCAGUUCAGUGAUACUGCGCUCAAACUGCUUGUAUCCAAAAUCAACGUUGUCGAGAAGAACAAUCAGUUCCAGAGUAUUGUGACUCGCCUAUUUCAAUGGAUUACUGUUAUUUGUCUAGAACAUGACAAAACCAGCCAAUUGAGUAUUCUGCGGACCUCCAAGCACUUCAGAUAUCCGUCGAUAAGUAACGCUGUCGUGAAGUACUGGAAUCUUCACCACAAAAUGUUACCCCAGGGUUUCCUCAGGAAUUAUGUCUCCUGCAUUCAGUCUCGAGAUUUUCGUGCUCAUUUUUAUGACACACUUCUGAAAGACUGCCUUGCACGGAAAGACCACCUAGACGCUUUCCAGCAAUGGACCCAGAUGUGUUUGCAGGAGUAUGGGCAUUUGAACGUGCAUGAGACAGGGUACUCUUCCACUGUUAUGAGACAGUUCAGAAUGGUGCUGUGGAUGAUCCCCCAAAACUCAAACCCUGUCAAAGUUGUCCAGUUCUCCAAGUCUUUAUUACUGGAUAAGACUCAUCUGGGUGAUUUUCUCUCAACGUUGAUUUUCAACUACCUGAAGGAAGGCUUGUACAAGAAGGCCAUACCUGUGAUCGAGUUCAAGCUUGCAAAUGAUCUAGAAUUGUCAGCCUUGGAUCUAAAUACCGGUCUGGAGGCAUAUCAUCUCCUGGACCAGGAUAAAGCAGCUUUGAAGCUGUAUCAGCAAUGCCCUCAUUUGCACAACACUGUAAAUAGCACCAUCAUGAUCCAAGUGCUCGCUUCCACCCAAAACUUUGAACUAUUGCAGGCGAUGUUUGAGAAGAUGCAAUCAGAAGGUAUUCCACCUAGCGAUAUUCAAUAUGGAGUUGUGAUGAAUGCGCUAGGUAAAAGAGGAGAUCUGAAAACAGUCGAGCUCUUGUUCUCACAGUUUUUGAAAACAAAGAGGAAACCAACUCCAGCAAUGCUUGCGUCACUCAUGAAGGCAGCUAUCAUGUCGAAAAACUACAACCGUGCGUUUGAAUUCUUUGCUUACUACAAUCGUUUUAAGGUACCUCAGGAUGUGGGAAGUUGCUACUAUCUACUAGAUUCCCUCAGCCACUUGGAUGACUUGACCACUCCAGUGGCUCUCUUGAAUCAGCUGCGGUCAUCUGGCCAGACUCUGGAACCGAGACUGGUUAUUCCAUACUUGAAGACUCUGAUGAGACUUGGCGACUACAGAGGGGUUCAAAAUGCCAUAGAACUGUACGUCAAAGAUUGGAUGAAAGUUGAGCCUUCUUUGGAGGUGAUGGUGGUUUAUCUCAGGGCUCUGAAGGUUGCCAAAAAGAACGACGAGUUGCUCAAACAACUAGCUGUGGUCGAAGGAAUGUAUGGAACAGUCCAUUCUACCCAAUUCUACAACCUGAGAUUAGAGGUAGCAUUGGAGUUAGGCGAAAUUGAUGAGUUCAAUGAUGUCUACAAGCGAAUGAGCAAGCGCAAAGUUCGGUUCAACCAUAUGACAUCUGAGCUCGUGCUCCAAUUUAUUGGUCGAACCGAAGCCAACAUAAAUUCCAUCUACACUAGUCUCGAUACUUUCAGACAGGAUCCAAACGUACCACCCAUCAACGCUUCCCAUUAUGCUGCUUUGAUGAAAGGAUUACUCCAGGCUGAAAAAUACAGCUUUGUGCUGGAAUUAUACAAAACCAUGCAGGCUGACAAAAUUCCGGGAAACAUGCAGGUAUAUGCAUAUGUGAUCAAUGCACUUGAUGCAGGCAGAGGCCUCAAUGUUCAAGAUAUGAAAACAGCCAAGAGGAUAUUGGAGGUUGCACUAAAUCCAGCAAGUGACUCAGGCAAAAAUCCUCCUAUAUCUUUGAUUAGACCAGUGGUUCACCAGCUUUCGAGAUUUGGAGACUUCCGGGUGGCCGAGCACUUUCUGGAUAUGUUCUCGAAGAAGCUGACAGUCAACAGCAUGUCUAAAUUACGAGUUCUUGAGCUCUAUUGCCAUGUUCAUGGAGCAAGUGAAAAUUGGAAGGCCUUCGCGUCUUCUUACAACGCCUACGUCGACGGGUACUCCGGGAUGAUUGGUGCCCUUGGGAGCGAACAUGUAAAGAAGACGGGUCUCUUUAUACGAUCUGCCAUUAACCCCAUUUGGAUGCACCGAGUCCAUGAAAGAAUUGCUUCCGGCAAACCUACCGAACUUAUCCCAGAGCUAUAUUCUCUGAUGAAGUCUGGUUUCCUUAUCACGAAUGAAAACAUCAACGAGACGGUCAAACUGCUGUACGAUAGAGAUGAAACACUCAUGGAUGCCAUUGCGUUCACAGACAAGUUUCUUGCAGAAGGAUUUAUUAGAGUUCAAAGUCAGAGAAAAUUGAAGAGGAAAGGAAUUGUGCCCCAGAGCCCUUCUCAAGUGGCUUUACGUCUUACUAGACUCAAUUUCAACCAUAUGAUCAGAUGCGUGGACGAUCAUCUUUGCAAGCACUACCCCAAUCGCAAUGACAGAGAAGCUGAGACCUCAAGACUAGUUUCCCGAUAUAGGAUACUCAAAUACUUCAGAGAGAGGAGAGAAUGGCAACCACCUUCUGCGUACUGGAAACCGCUCAAGACCCUCGGUUAUGAACGGUAUUUGGAAGGUGAUGUCUCCAAUUGA